UGCUGGCGACGCGUUGCCAGCAUUAGAAGCAGCCAAAGCAUGUCCACCAGCCUGAUCUGCCUGCUGCUGCUGUGUAGCUCGCUGGCGACGGCGCGGCGAGCGCCUGCAGCCAGCUCGCAGGAGUUGAGCAGGGACUACGAUGUGCCGCAGGGCAACGUGACCAGCGACACGGUGCACACACAGAGCAACGCCAAUGCAGAGGAGGACGAAGAUGCGGAUGAGGACGAGAAGGUGGGCACGACUGGCUCGAUCACCGGCUCAGGUGCCAGCCCGGAUGCCAAGCAGCAGUUCGCGCCGCGCUUCAAGAACCCCAAGAAGAUGAGCACUGUUUACAUUCGGCCCUCGGGCUCAACGCUCUCGCUGAGCUGCCAGGCCGUGGGCCAUCCGGAGCCGAACAUCACGUGGUACAGGAACGGCAGCGACGACCUGACGCGCACCUACGGCAACUACCGCAAGACCAAGUGGCACAUCAUCAUGGAGGAUCUGGUGCCCGAGGACUCGGAUCAGUACACGUGCGUGGUGUGCAAUGCCCUGGGAUGUCUCACCCACGUGAUGAACGUAAUGGUCAAAGACCGGGUGAACCACAAGCCUAUCCUGCUCAAGGGGCCCGCAAACCUCACGCUCCUGAUCAACCAGAGCGGCCACAUGGAGUGCAAUUAUCUGUCGGACCUGACUAGCCGCAAGGCCUGGCUUUUCCAGCCUUGUAAGAGCGUGAACGAUUGCUCCAAGAACCGCACGGUCCUGACCGAGGACGUGGACCGGCUGGACUUCGUGAAUGUGACGCAGGAGGAGGAGGGCUGGUACACCUGCGUCGAGAGCAAUAGCCUGGGCCAGUCCAUGAGUCAUGCCUACUUGCGGGUAGUACGCAGCCUGCAGCUGCUAGAGGCGAACCUGGGCAGCGCGUUGGCCGACAACCACAUGCUGGCCGUGUUCAUCUCGGUGACCCUGAUGCUGAUCAUAAUUUGCAUCAUCUUCGUGGCCUAUGCGGUGCGGAAGAUGAAGCACGAGAAACUGCUCAAGCAGCGCAUCGAGACGGUGCAUCAGUGGACCAAGAAGGUGAUCAUCUACAAGCCGGCUAGCGGAGGCGACUCGAGUGGCUCCAUGGACACCAUGAUAAUGCCAGUGGUGCGAAUUGAGAAGCAGCGCACCACCGUGCUCCAAAGCGGAAACGAGCCGGCGCCUUUCAACGAGUACGAGUUCCCAUUGGACUCCAAUUGGGAGCUACCGCGCAGCCAAUUGGUACUGGGCGCAACGUUGGGGGAGGGCGCCUUCGGGCGCGUGGUAAUGGCUGAGGUGAACAACGCUAUAGUGGCCGUAAAGAUGGUCAAGGAGGGCCACACGGAUGACGACAUCGCCAGCCUGGUGCGUGAAAUGGAAGUCAUGAAGAUCAUCGGCCGGCACAUCAAUAUAAUCAAUCUGCUCGGCUGCUGCAGCCAGAACGGUCCGCUCUACGUGAUCGUCGAGUACGCCCCGCACGGCAACUUGAAGGACUUCCUGUACAAGAACCGGCCCCUGAGCAAGGAGCAGUUGGAGAGCGGACAGCCUGUACCGCUUCCGCCCCAGCAUGUGAUCACCGAGAAGGAUCUGGUCAAGUUUGCCCAUCAGAUAGCUCGGGGCAUGGACUACCUGGCAUCGCGUCGGUGCAUUCAUCGCGAUCUGGCGGCGCGCAACGUGCUGGUUAGCGACGACUACGUGCUCAAGAUUGCGGACUUCGGACUGGCGCGGGACAUACAGAGCACGGACUACUACCGAAAGAACACCAACGGACGCCUGCCCAUCAAGUGGAUGGCUCCCGAGUCACUGCAGGAGAAGUUCUACGACUCGCAAAGCGACGUCUGGUCGUACGGUAUUCUGCUGUGGGAGAUCAUGACAUUCGGCGCCCAGCCGUACCCGGCCAUCAUGUCCGCCGAGGAGCUUUACAGCUACCUGAUGUCGGGACAGCGCAUGGAGAAGCCGGCGAAGUGCUCGAUGAACAUUUAUAUCCUGAUGCGGCAGUGCUGGCACUUCGAUGCCAGUGCCCGGCCGCCCUUCACGGAGAUCGUCGAGUACAUGGAUAAGCUGCUGCAAACCAAGGAGGACUACCUCGACUUGGAUGUGGCCAAUUUGGAGACACCGCCUUCGACCAGCGAUGAAGAGGAGGAGGGAGAGGACGCUUCCGACAUGGGGCAAUCGCGUUACCACUACUAGGCGCGAGCUAACGUCUACUGAGCGAUCCAUCGACCGAGUGAUUCACAUAACUGUAUAUACUGAGCUCUUAAGGGGCUACCUAAUGAUAAGUCUGUAGAAUUUUACUGCACCAAAGGCGUAAACCAAAAAAUAUUAUAUCUGUAUAGGUCAUCAAAAAAUAUCUAUAUAUAUAUAUAUAUA